AUAAUAAUAAAAGUUUAGUAAAUAAUGUUUUUUAAUUAUUUCAUACAUUAAAAAUAAUAACAACACAAAAACAACAUAUUUUCAUUUCUCAAUAAAAUAUUAAUUUUUAUAUUUUUUUUAUUUUCCACAUUUUACAUUUAAAAAAAUUAAUUUAUUUUUAAAUAUAUUUAUUUUAUUUAUUUAUUUAUUUAUUUAUUUUAGUUUCAGAUUUUAUUAAAGUUCGAUAGAAUAGAAUAGUAGUAAGAAGUUAGCUAGAAGUAGUAAUAUUUAGAGUAAUAAUAAAUAAACCAUUUUUUACAACAUUUAAUUUAAAGAAAAUAAUUUACAAUAUCCAAUAUAUAUAUAAGUUUUAUAAUGUCAGAAGUAGAGCAACAACAACAACAAAAAGAAAAAGAAAAAGAAAAAGAAAAAUUUAGUUUAAGAAAUAUUUUUAGACAUAAAAAAGAAGAUUCAGAUGGUUCUAGUAAAAGAAAAUCAAAGAAUUUAUCAAAUAGAAGAUCACAAAGUUUAGAAAAUAUCGAUAUUCCAAUUGAUAGUAAUCCAAGUUCACCAAAAACAACAGCAAAUAUUGAUACAACUACUUAUAGUGCACCAAGUUCACAUCCAUCAUCAAGUGAUGGUAGUCUUGCCAGAGGAAUCUCUUUAGAACGUAGUAAUAGUAGUAAUAGUGUAGCAAGUGCUCCAACUCCAUCACCAUUAUCUGCACCAUCAUCAGCCACACCAACACCAGUUUUAUUAAGUGCUACACCAGUUGACGUUGUUUCACCAGUCAGCAUUACCUCCGCUACUACCGAAACCGAUACUGCUACUACAACUACCACAACUACUUCAACUCCAUCCUCACCAUCAACUCCAUCCUCAUCAUCAACUACUCCACCAUCAACCAUCCAAGUUAUCGAUAAUUCUGUUCCAAAUAGCGUAGCUACUGAAGUUCAAGUCAUUGGUAGUAAUAAAUCUUCACCACAAGGAGCCGACUCAUUAUUAGAUACAAACAACAGAAGAAGUUGGUCCGAACAAUUAGAUAGCGAUAAAGAAAAUUUUGUUAACGAUUUAAAUGAAACCUCAGUACUUUCACAUCCAUCAUUCUGCGAACCAUCACGUGUAAAGAGAAUCAGAGUCCAAAAUGUUACAAUUAUUUAUAAUCCAAUGAGUGGUAGUAAAAUUGGUGAAAAGAUUAUGCACGAAGCCAAGAAAUAUUUUGAAGUACAUGGUAUUAAAGUUCAUGUCAUUCCAACCGAAUAUAAAGGCCACGCUGAAGUUCUUUGCCGUACUUUGGAUGUUGAAGGUGUCGAUGUUAUUUGUUUAGUUGGUGGUGACGGUACAAUCCACGAAGCUGUUAAUGGUAUUAUGAAAAGAGAUCCAGAAUCAAGAGAACGUUUUGUUAUGGCCUGUCUUCCAGCCGGUACUGGUAAUUCAUUUGUUUUAGAACUCCAAGGUAAACUUUCAAUUAAACAUGUUUGUGAACGUGUUGUUAACGGUUUAACAGUUCCAAUCGAUAUUGCUAAAGUUACAAUCGUUGGUAAAAAUAAAAUCUCUGCAGAGUGCAAUAAAAGAAGAUUAGAAUACGAUACAUUAAAAAAGAAAUUUGCUCAUGUCAAUUUAGAUUCACCAACUCUUUCCUCCUCUCAAGAAGCCGGUAGACGUUCAAUUCAAGCAUAUAGACAAAUUCGUCCAGAUGCCUUAAUGGAGUAUGGUUCAAAUUUACAUAAUCAAUCAAACGACGAUGAAUCAACUGACGACUCUUCACCAGAACCAAUUUAUUGUUUCAAUUCUCUUCAUUGGGGUUUGGGUUCAAAAGUUAAUAUCACUGCCGAAAAGAUGAGAUGGAUGGGUAAGGCUGUUCGUUAUACAACUGCUGCUCUUCUUGAGCUUUGCAGAGGUGAAAAGAUCUUAGCUCGUAUCGAAUACGAAGAUGCCAAUGGUGAAAUUACAGCUUUAGAAGAUGAAUUUUGUUUAGCCAUCGUCAAUAAUAUUCAAGGUGCCGCUAAAGGUAUGAAAAUGGCACCAAAAGCUAAACUCAAUGACGGUCUUAUCGAUUUAAUCCUCAUCAAAUCACAUAAAACUUUCGAUUUAAUGAGUGUUUUCACCAAAGUUUACGAUGGUACCCACACCGAAUUAGAUUAUGUAAUUUAUAAACAAGUAAAGAGAUUCAGUAUCACUCCAUUCAAAAAAGAUAAAGAAAGAAAGAAGAGAUUAAGAAAAGAAAAGAAAAGAAUCAAGGCUGCUAUUAAGGCUGGUCGUGAACAUGCUAAAAAUCCAUUAGAAAUUUUAAAAACCGAAUGCAAUACAAUUUUAUCCGAAUUAGAAGAUCAAAUCGAUGAAGAAAUUAUUGAUAUCGAUGGUGAAUUAAAAGGUCAAACUCCAUUCGUUUGCGAAAUGAUCCCAAGAUCUGUUAGGGUUGUAGUAUAA